AUGGACCACUUCAAUGCGACUGUCCAAAAGGACGGCGCCCUCGUGUCGACCCGCCGCGGCCUGCAGGUCACCAAGCACAAGUACCACGGCAUUUCGUUUGUCAACACAUCUGGCCCGGCCCAACCCUCAGGCUCGAGUGUUGGCGCGAGCGGCAAGAAGAAGGGCUCAAAGCACAAGGCCGCAGGUUCAACGUCCACUUUCUCAGCCUUCUCGACUCCUGCCGCGAACCCCGCGCCCCCCGCGUCUUCGGGAUUCUCGACCUUCUCUACAUUCUCGCCGCCGGCCGCCACCCCGAGCGGCACCGACAAACACAGUGCAAUUACGCGGGACAAAGACGCCUCUUCUUCCGCGGCGACCAGCGCCACCACGACUACUUCCACCGCAAAGGCACCUCAGAAGAGCGCGCUCAAUGGAGGCGCAGACCCGGCAAACCCGUCAAAACCACUGGUGCACCGGUGGAAGCUGGUCACGAAGCCGGCAGCCCAGAAAGCGAAGCGUGAAAGCAACGCCGCCGCCGCCUCCAGUGGACAGAAGCAGCGCCCACGCCCAGCCGUAAACACCGACACCGCACCCGCCUCCUCCGAUCGUCAUCCCUCGCCCGCGCUCUCCGACACCGCAUCCUUGUUCAUGUCAACGUCGACACCCGGCGAGUCGGCCACUUCGUUCCCCUCACCCUUUGCUUCACCCUUCCUCACGUCGCCCGGCUCCGUCGCUGAAAGUACCGUCAGCGGAAACUCUGGGCUUGAAUCUCUCUCGCCUCUCUCGAAUCCUACCUCCAUGUUUGACGGAAUGGGCCUGUUUGCGCCAGACGACUGGGAGGCCGAAUACAUCUCGCCUAGCGCCGCUGCCCUGCGCACCAGCUAUCAGCAGAACCGUGCCGCCGGCGCGGCAGCAAAGCGUCGAAAAGGCAGCAGCACAUCCUAUGCGGAGAGCAAGGCUCGCAAGGCCCGCAUCACCGCCCUCGCCAACAGCUACCAGCAGGUCGCCCGCAGCCUGCCCACCUGGACCAUGUGCCACGUCCCGCAGCUCAACAAGUUCGAGCAGCGCCUCUUCCACCAGUUCUUCCAGCUCAUCCCGCGCAAGCUCUAUCCCUUUGAGGACCUCCUUCAGUACAACCCCACGCGUUCGAGCGAGUUCUACUGGAUGGUCGUACAGGACCGCGCCGCCGUGCGCUGUGUGCUGCUGUGCGGCGCCAUGUUGCGCGCCGUUCUUGGCGGCGCCAACACGUCCGACGAGCUGGCCCUGGAAGUGUCGAAUGUCUGCCGCAUCGUCAACCAGCAGCUCGCCCUCCAUCAAAAGGAGCAUGACAAGCACGCCGAGACGGCAAAUAGCACCGGUGGCGACAGCGACGACGACGACAACAACGCCGACAGGAUGCAGCUGGCCGCACCAUUUCGCUCGUCUCCAUCUCCGUCGCCCUCGCCCCCGGCAUCACCCUCCUCGGCCAGCAGCCACCGCCGCCGCCGCCGCCACCACGUCAUCCCGGAGAUGACACUCGAGUGCAUUACGACUCUUGCUCUCAUGGGUGGCUCCACGGGACGCUACGAUCACUGGCACCUGCACAUGCAGGCUCUCAGCAAGAUGGUGGAGCUGAACGGUGGCCGGCGGUUUAUCAAUGAGGUCCGGCCGGCCCUGCUUUUCAAGAUGCGCAAGACCGACCUCAAGGGUGCCAUGUCCCUCGCCAUCCGCCCGUACCUGCCCUUCGACACUCGCAGGUUCCCCAACAUUUCCGACACCGUCCUGCUCGACGUCACGCGCCAGGACAUUCGCGCCUCCGCCUCUGCACUCUUUGCGAACCCUGCCUCCCCCUGUGGCGUCGCUCCUGUCGUCAGUCAGACCCUGGCCGCGCUGUGUGUCUUUGUCCAGGCCGUCCAGCUGGUGCGUGAUCUGGCCAGAAGCACGGCACCCCUACCCCUCGACCCGUACUGUUUCUCGGAAGAGCUGUACUGGCUGCAGCACCACCUCGUAUCUCAGCCGGGACCACUGCGGCAGGAUGUCACACCACAGGAUGCGGCCGCUGCACACGGCGCCGCAACGGCGGCCAUACAGGCCCAACCGACGCUGACAGCGUCAUCCCCAACGUUGUCUUCGUUCCCAUCACCGUCUAUAUCCACGGCUUCGGCCCCAUCGCAAGCGCCCCGGCCCAAUACACUGCUACCCGUCGACACCAGCCGCCUUCAGACGGAGAGCUACGUUCGCAACCACCGCGUCCCACUAGCCGCUCUGUACAUUAUCCCCGCCCCUGCCGCCACUCCGUCGUCGCCCACCUCCACCUGCCUCGAGCCCGCUAUGCGCAUUGGCGGCAUCCUGUACUUGAAAGAAUUUUUCCCUGAUUUCCCCCGCAACCUCGGCGGCUACGCUAUCCUGCUGCACCUGCUGCGCUGGCACCUAGGCGAGGGUGACGUGUUUGAUGUGUCUUUGUUGACGAACCGGUCCGCACGCGCCCUGCUCUUGUGGAUCUGCCUUGUCGGUGACACCGUGUCACGCCUGGCCAACAACAACGAGGAGCGCAGGAACCCGGUCGAGCAGUACGACCGGCGCGUCUUCCGGGACCGCCUGGCGGACCUGGUGAGAACGAGCCCUGUUGUCGAAGGCACAUCACCAUCCGCCGUGGCUAUGACCGAUGUCGAUGCCCUAAGUACACUCAACCUGUCGGCCAUGGACGGUGUCGACCGUUUGCCCGAGAGCGACUGGGCACUGUGCCGCCUGCUCGACCUCGGCAAGAUUGAGCAGCUGGGCGAGUGGAAUGACCGGCAGGCCGUGCUCAAUAUUUUACUUGAAGGGGGCGUCUUCGACUUGUAA